GCCUCUAUGAACUUUUGCAAAUGGAAUCAUCUAAAAAUUGUAGUGGUUUUCAACCUGAAAGACGAAAUCGAUCUUCAAGUCCUCGACAUAGACUUCAGAGGCUGUUGAGUGAAUCUGGCAAUAGAUUCUGUGCAGAUUGUGGAUCUCCAGAUCCAAAAUGGGUAUCUUUAAGUCUUGGAGUUUUUAUAUGUAUCAAGUGCUCCGGAGUACAUCGAAGCCUUGGAGUGCAUAUAUCUAAGGUUUUGUCAGUGAAGCUCGACGAGUGGACAGACGAUCAGGUUGAUAGUAUGAUAGAGAUGGGUGGAAAUAGAGCAGCAAAUAUGAAGUACGAAGGUACCAUUCCUGAUAGUUAUCGAAAACCCAGACCUGAGUCAUCAAUAGAAGAGCGUACUAACUUUAUCAGGAGAAAAUAUGAGCUACAACAAUUUCUAAACUCUGAUGUACAAAUGACCUGCCCUUUCCCACCAUCAUCAUCUUCACAUUGCAAUUCUUUAAGUCUUUCUUGUCCUUUGGCCCUGGAUAAGAGGAAUUAUGAGAAGCAAUCCACUGGGCAUCGUAUCCACGGCAUAGGGAAUGCAUUUCGUAAUAGCUGGAGAAGAAAAGAAUCUGAACAUAGGAGCACCAAGAAAAGUAACUCAAUGGUAGGUAUGGUUGAGUUUAUAGGAUUGAUAAAAGUCAAUGUGGUGAGAGGGACCAACCUAGCUGUCCGUGAUGUGGUAACAAGUGAUCCUUACGUAAUUCUUUCCUUGGGAAGGCAGUUAGUCAAGACACAUGUUAUAAAGAACAAUCUUAACCCUGUCUGGAAUGAAAAGCUAAUGUUGUCAAUUCCAGAAAAUGUUCCUCCUUUAAAAGUGCUAGUGUAUGACAAGGAUACAUUUACAACAGACGACUUCAUGGGAGAAGCUGAGAUUGACAUCCAACCCCUUGUUACUGCUGCAAAAGCAUCUGAAAGUUCAACACUUUGUGAAUCAAUGCCGCUUGGGAAAUGGAAAGCAAGCAAAGACAACACUUUAGUUAAAGAUGGCAUUAUUAGUCUAAUAGAGGGAAAGGUGAAACAAAAGAUCAGUGUGAAGCUUCAAAAUGUUGAAAGGGGAGUACUUGAGAUUGAGCUUGAAUGUAUUCCUCUCACGCAAUAGCAAUUGGAAGGAAAGGAAACAAACUUCAAGCAUAUAUAACAGUGACAUUUAACAUGAUUAAUCCUUCGCAGCUAUGUCUGAGGAUCCUGUAUCUUACCCAAAGUAAGUUGGUCAAGGGAUUUAAACAUAGUGCCAUAGAAUAUGAAAACACAGUGUGCAGGAAAUGUAUUCUUAACUUAGUUACCAUUAUCAGAAUUUCUUGUGGCAAAAAAUGAAUUCUACUUGUUAGAUGACACGUGGCUGAAAUGGUCAAGGAUUGACCAGUUUAAUGGACAAGUGUAGAUUGUGGUAUACAGAAACAGAAGAAAAUACAGAAUCACACCAUUAUUCAACCUUUGUUGUCCUAUUAUACUUUUGAUGUUGCUAGGGCAAACAUGACUUUUUAAUAUAAUU